AAUGAUGAAUAUUUUACGAACUUUCAUGUAAACGAAUGGAAUUAUAAUGGAUUUUUCAAUUUUUUGUCAGCCGAAAAACGUAGUCGAAAAGACUAUUUUUCUGUGAGUGUUGUUAUUCCUUCAAUACAAAGCAUCACUAUCUUCAAUUUAUGGAAAGUUUUCGAAUACUAUUCACAAGUUUAUGAUAAUAGUAAAUCAAUUUAUAGAGAAAAAGCCAGAAAUCGUUUAAUGUAA